UGAAGAGGGUAUGAACUUUUCAAAAAAUCAGUGGCUGCUAGUGAUCUUCCUGCUUUGAGAAUGACAAAGCAAUCAACUUGUCUUGUUAUUUAUCCUCUUUGGCUGAUUGAAACACCCCCCUUGCAUAUCCUGACUCCCUUUGUAAGAUUGCACAAGUUGGGUCCAUAAUUUUAGGUACACCGGACCAAAUGCCUAACGCUAAUAUUUGACGCCAAUCCUCUCUCUCUCUCUCUCUCUCUCUCUAUAUAUAUAUAUAUAUACACACACUUGAUAGAUUCAGAGUAGAAUUCAAGUUGGAAUAGAUGUACUCCCUUAUUUCUUUCUAAAAGAUUAAGAAUUCAAGUUUCUUAAGUAUGAUACAACUGAGACCCAAAAGGAUAAAAAGAAACUGUUGAUCUUUUCUCUUCCCCCCCAAUAUCCUAUAAAAACUACCCUAGAAGGGGUUCUCUGAUUUUUCGGCAAGACUAUUAAUAGCAAGUAGCUAAUACCCAUGUCCACACUUCCCAGCAGUGCUGACUACUUCGCCUUAGCCAGCAGAAAUGGCAAAUCAAACCGUGAUUCCUUCUCCAACUUCUUUGAAUGCUGGCUUGUUGAACAGAACCAGUAUCUACAAGAACUCAUUUCUGCAUCCAAAGACCAUGAAAGCGCCGAACCUAAUGCUUCACUCUCUUUUGCUUCUGGGGAUGUGGAUGAGAGGAUUCUGCAACCACUCAUCAACCGAAUCAAACAGCAUUACGAGCGUUACUAUGAAGCGAAAUCAUGGUGGGCAAAACACGAUGUGUUAGCCAUGUUUUCACCCUCAUGGAGAAGCUCCCUUGAGGAUGCUUUCAUUUGGAUUGGUGGCUGGCGACCUUCCACGGCUUUUCACUUGCUCUACUCAAACUCUGGGUUACGAAUGGAGUCCUGGUUGGAUGAGUUCUUUCGUGGAUUGAGGAUGGACGAUUUGGGGAGUCUUUCCGCAACUCAGCUUGAACAGGUUGAUGAGUUGCAAAGAAGAAUUAUCAGACAGGAAAGAGAGUUAACUGAGAAGAUGGCGAAGCAUCAACAGACAGUAGCAGAUGCAUCAAUGGUUGAAUUAUCCCACCUUGUAACUGAGUCGAUGAGAAAUGAUGAGUCAACUCAGGAAAGCAGUAGACUGGAGGAGCGAGUUGAGUCCACUUUGGAGUCUAAAGAGGAAGGCUUGCAACAGAUACUCCAUAAAGCUGAUGAUCUACGCCUUAGAACACUUAAAUCCGUACUUGGUAUUUUGAGUCCAAUUCAGGCAGUUCAGUUCUUGAUUGCUGCUGCUGAGUUACACCUGAGGCUUCAUGAUUGGGGAAAGGCAAGAGAUGCUAGGCAUCAUCAUGAACCUGAGAGGACCAACUCGCCACAUUAAUGAAUCUGAAAAUUCUUGCUUACAAAAAGUUGUUUGUUUGUUCUUCUUCAGAUAUGGUAGGAUCUGUUUAGGUAGGCAAGUCUUGAAUGCUUAAUCAAAAACCUUUUAAUAUUAUAUUUAGAUAAUUCCCAGAUAGAUUCUCUUUGUCAGCUAUGAUGAAUUGUAGCAUGUAAUUCUAUCUGGGUCUUUUGCAGAGUUAAUUUUUCCUAGGAAUUUCUUUGAAUACCAUGAUCAUAGACAAGAUACAGAAAUUACUUGUUUCCAACUUCUCAAAUUCACAGCUUGUAAGAAGACUUAAAAGUAAAUAACAUACAGAAAUAUUUAGAAUAUAUGUUAGUCAACAUAUGGGUAAGG